AGCAGCUAGCAGCGGCAGUGGUGCUGUAAUGGAGCUGUAGCGCGUUUUCCUGGCUCCCCCCAUGUUCACCAAGAACCAAGUGAGACCCAUCGCGCUCUGAGCCAUACAUCAUCCUCGGCUGCGCACCCUCAUCUGAGGCAGUUUUGCAGAGCUGAAGUCUAGCCGUGGCUACGGCAAGAAAUAUAACGCGCGCGGAGAAUCCCCAAGGCGAGUGUGAACUAUGAGUUUGAAAUGAGGAUGAGAGUCGCCAAACGCCACGGACCACUGACACCAAACUCUUCAGCUCCCUGCAGUUUAUUCAACGGAUGUUCAUUUACCAGAUAAUAACUAUAUGAAGAACUAUGUAGAUGCGCACGGCUUGUUUGCAUGUGCAGCAUAUCACUAAAUCGUUUGGUGUAGUAGAAUGGCACAACGAGGCAAGAGAAUUAAUAGAAACGAUAAUGACUCAGCGUCUUGCCCUGCGGCAAUUAAGAGGCGCAAAUGUAGAGUUGGACCAUCAGCUACAGAUACCCCAGUACCAGUGGCAGCACUGGGACCUUCCGAGGAAGAAGAAACAAUGGCAUCAUCCAGUCAAGGAGGGACAUCCUGGACCCCCAGACCUCUUAGUGAUAUUAAAAUAUCUAGUAUCUACAAUAGAUCAGCAGCAGAACCACCAGCUGAACUUUAUCGCAAAGAUCUAAUUAGCGCAAUGAAAUUACCUGAUAGUGAACCACUUAGUCCUGGUGAAUAUUGGGUAAUAUCUGAUCAAUGGAAGCAAGAAUGGGAGAAGGGAGUGCAGGUCCCUGUUAAUCCCGAUUCACUUCCAGAGCCUACAGUUACCCUUAUUCAAACUCCACCCAUGAGCAAGCUUUAUGGCGAAUUUAAGUUACCAAAAAAGUUUUUGAGAAUAUCUAGAGAUGAUUGUUUUAAUCCGGAAGAUCAUUAUUUAAGUACUACUCCAGCUCGAUCUGAAAAAGCUUGUGGAUAUGAUUUAGAUGAUACUGACAUUGCUUGGCUUGAAGUUCUUAAUGGAGAAAGGGCAUUGUGUGCUCAGUCUUCAGUAACCGAAUCUCAAUUAGAACGAGUCAUAGAAGAACUAGAACAUCGCUGUUGGGAUAAAAUUCAAACAAUUGUAAAAAAUGAAGAAGGUCUUGGAAUUGAGUAUGAUGAAAAUGUUAUUUGCGAUGUUUGUAGAUCUCCUGAUUCUGAGGAGGGUAAUGAAAUGGUUUUUUGCGACUUUUGUAAUAUUUGUGUGCAUCAAGCAUGUUAUGGAAUUACAUCAAUACCUGAUGGUUCCUGGUUAUGUAGAACAUGCUCAUUAGGCCAGAGACCCGAGUGUGUUUUAUGUCCUAAUCCUGGUGGUGCUAUGAAAUCUACACGUAGUGGACAAAAAUGGGCCCAUGUUUCAUGUGCACUCUGGAUUCCUGAAGUUAGCAUAGGUUGUGUAGAAAGAAUGGAACCCAUUACAAAAAUAUCAAGUAUUCCGCAAAGUCGAUGGGCAUUAAUAUGUGUGCUAUGCCGUGAACGUGUUGGUGCUUGUAUUCAAUGCAGUAUAAAAACUUGUAAAACCGCGUACCACGUUACAUGCGCUUUCAAACAUGGACUAGAAAUGAAAGCUAUAAUAGAGGAUGAACAAGCUGAAGAUGGCGUCAAAUUAAGAUCAUAUUGUCAAAAACAUGGGAAAAUAAAUACAAAAGAAAAAACAACUGGAGGAGGCACUGGAAGUGGAAGUGGUAAGGGAGGUUCUGAUUCUGAUGAAGGCGAAGUUCGUAGAAGAAAACGUAAAGAUAUGAGUUCUGAGGAAAAGAACCAAGCACGUGCAGCUAAACUUCAAGAAAUUGAAGCCGAAUUCGAUAAACAUGUAUGUUUGAAAGAUCUAACAAAUCAACAAUUGGAUGUGGAUUCUGAUGCAAUUAUAUACAUUUAUAAUUAUUGGAAACUGAAAAGAAGGUCAGGGCAUAAUAAGCCAUUACUUCCACCACGUUGUGGUGAACUUUCUGGAUCAGGAGUACGGGCACAAGGUCAGGCUGCUGAUAAUGAGAAGAUGCGUAAGUUUGUUCAAUUACGUCAAGAUUUGGAGCGCGUACGAAAUCUUUGUUAUAUGGUAAAUCGACGAGAAAAACUUUGUCGUACAUUCCUUCGACUACGUGAACAAACUUUCCAUAAGCAAGCAUUGUUGGUUUCUGGGGUAACUAUGCCUACUACAGCCGCAGCUGCUGUUCUCGAAGCUAAUCAUGGUCCAUCAAUCUAUGAUCACCUUUAUUCUCAUCAAGAGGCGGAAACACAUACUCAUGAUAUAGAUUCCCUGCUUUUGCACAUUAAAGGCCUCGAUUCAUCAAGUACGUCGCACUCGAGUGACGAAAAGAAACAUGAAUCGAAUUUUAAUGGUGCUUCAAACAAGCGUUUACAUUUUAAUGGCUCGAUUUCACGUAAAAAGCUUUAUGGCAGCGAUCUAUCUUCUAUAAGUAGCAGUGAAACAGAACAACCCAAACCAACAAAGUACUCUGCUACUACCAAAGUCAACACUGAUAAAAAAUUGCAUCAGCUCAGUAAGAGUAAGAUUAUGCCGAAGAUUGAGACAGAAUCUAGUACAGAAGAUGAAGAGAAACGGUUCAUUACAAUAAGCAAAGCUAGUAGCAGUAAAGUUAAUCCAAGAUAUAAAUCUAAAAAAACUAGUGCACCGGAUCGACCGCGUACAUAUAAUCGUAAAUUACUUGACGAGAAUAGUGAAAGUGAUAUAAAAUCUGAAAAAGCAAUAACGAGGUCACGUACAUUACAACAUAUGGAGCGCGAGCUUGGUAGCGUUUCCGGUAGCGAUUCAGAUGAGCUUCUACCAAUUAGCAAUAAAAGCAUAGCUUCUCGACUAGGACCGACAUCUGUAGCUGAAAUCUAUUCAGAUACAGAUGACUCAUCUUUGGAACAUUCUUCUCAUACUUCAGUUUAUCCUUGUGAAAAAGUUAUUACUAAAUCUUUUAUUCCCAGUGAGACCUCCAAAAAGAAGGACAAAGAUAAACACAAAGAUAAAGACGUUAAGGAUAACAAGGAUAGUAAAGACUUAAAAGAAUUUUGUAUUGAUAUGGAUAAAAAUGAUAUGAGCGCAAAAAAUAAAGAAAAUCAGAAGGUUCUCAGUAGAAAUAGAGAAUGUAUAGCAUCUGCACUCAUUGUUCCACAACGACAAGCAGCUAAGAAAGCCUCAGAAAUUAUGCAGCGUUCACAAAACAAAAAAGAAUCUAUCUCUGCAGCCUCAACAUCAGGUUCAGUUAUGUUGAUCAAUAAUGAUCAAUUAUCUGAUACUAAAUCAUUUAUUGAAGAUGUAAAGCCAACUAUUAAAUUUUCUAAAGAUUUCAAAGAGAUCAAAGAGUCUAAGUUAUCAUUGUCCUCAUCAAAAAAAUACAAGCAAGAAAAUAAACUUUUUUCGCGUGACAUCACAAAGGACUGUAAAGGAAAUGACAUUUAUGACUUUGAUAAAGAAUUCGGGGAUGGUUCAGAAAUUUUUGCUUAUGUGCCACAACGACAAGCGGCUAAAAAGGCAGCCGAGCACAUAAAAAGUGGUAUAAGUGCAAAAUCGUCAGUGGUCGUAGUAGAAAUAGAUAAUAGUGAAAAUAAAUUUAAAAAAGAAACAACUGAUAUUUCUAUACCUGCUGUAAAGAAAAGGCAAGAAAGUAAAAAAGAAGACUCAUCUAUAAAAGAUGAAAUUCUUACAACUACAAAGAAGUCAUCAAAAAAAAUGAUGAUAAAAAUUCCAUCUGAAUCAUCGAGUAGUAGUAGUAGUAGUAGUAGUUACAGUAGCUCAACUGAUAGUAGCAGUGACUCUGAUGUAUUUAAGAAUUCAGAACAAUCGGCACAUCAAGCCAGCAUUAUUAAAGAACAGACAACAUUGCUAACUACAUCAUCUGAAAGUGAUUCCGGACUACAUUCCAGUAAUCGAAGUAAAAGUGAUACGGUUUCUAAAAUUCGACAGUGUCAAAAUAAAAUUGAAAGUAAUAUCGAUUCCAAAAACGAGGGUAAAAAUGAAAAUAAAGUUGAAAAUAAAAUUGAUAUUAAAAUUGAAAAUAAAAUGAUAGAGAAACAAGAUAAAAAACUUAGUUCGCUUUCAUUUUCUUCAAGUACGGGGCGGAAACUUAAAAAGCUGCCUGAGAAGAAGCUUAAAACUUCCGACGGGCGGCAUGGACACGAGUUUCAGCCGCCGUCUACUGAAAGAGAUGAAUCGAGUCGAAACUCAUCAACCAAUUACAAGGAUGAAUUCAAAUAUAACAAGCAGCAUAAAAAACAACAGUACCAACAAUUCUCCUCUAAACAUAAAUCUGUCGAAUGCAAGGACAGUACUACAAAAAAAUCAGCUACAGUUCAACCACAGCAACAACAGCAAUAUCGUCAUCAGCAGCAGUACGAGUCACAAACUCAAGUUGAUGAAAGUGUGUUCAGUGGGUCUCGAGAUAAUGAUGGGUCACGAAAUUUAUUUAGGCUCAAGUCUGUUAAAAAGUCCAGUCAAACCUCCAAGUAUACACAACAAUCGCGGUACCAAUCAUCAUCUAUUAAAAUCAAGGACUAUACCUCUAACAUCUCAAAAGCAAAAAUCGCAGAGGCUCGUAAACGAAAAUCUGGCCAAACUACGCAAAAAGAAGAAAACAGUCAUGGUAAGAAUGCGACUUCGAUCAAAAAGGUGGAGACGGAAUUAAAUGAUAAAUCGAAUGAAAAAUUGUGCUCUAAGGAUAAUAUUGAAUAUGAUUCAAGUUGCAUAAAGGAAAGAGUUGCAACAGUAGAACCAAUGCAGAAAAUAUCGACACAAAUUUCUGAGAGUACUUCAAUAAAAAGUGAUAAUAAAAAGUUAAAGAAAAUCAGUAAUAAAAAUAAUAUUGUAACAUUAGAAGAAGAAAUGAAACAACGUAGAGCAGAGCGUGAUAGUCCAAAAAAAUCAUCGAGGGGUUUGGAUAAAUUGUUGGAAAAACGUGAACAUUUAUAUAAAUUGUCAAAGUCUAAGAGUGUGGAUGCUUCAAAACAAGAAAAAAGUCUACCAAUAAAAAUAGAUAAAUUAGAGAACCCUGAGAGCAAUAUAAAUAUUGAUGUAUCCAAACUCACUGUUCGAACCAAAAGCGAAGAUUUUAACAAGUAUGUAAUAGAAACUGAAAAUUUAAUUAGCAAAAAAACGCUAAUGAAAGAUUGUGCAAGCAGGAUAAGUAAUGAUAUAAUACCAAAGGACGAUUUAUUAAAUACAUCAUUUGUCGAACGAAUAACUGAAAGGAAAAGUAUUGACAUUCUAUUGAGUAGUAAUGAAUAUCUAGAUAAUUUAAAACAGCCGCAAUUAUAUCAACAUAGAGAUGAAUUAAAUAAUAAAGAUAAUAAUGAAAUCUCAUUUUCAAAGCCAUUAUUGGAAAAAUUUAGUGUAAUGAAUGAAAUUAGUGAAAAAGAAAACAGCAAUAAACGGCAUAGAUCAGUGAAUCGUUCCAUAUUUUCACCACAACCUGGAAACAAAGAUACAAGUGUACCCGAACUUUUUGAUUUUGAUCAUGAUAUACUGACCGAUGAUAUGGUUAAUGAUGAUGGAUUUAGCAUACCCCGAGAUGCUGAGGAGCGUGCAGCGCCACUUUCCUUUUCCUUCAAUAAUGAAUUAUGGUUCAAAGAGGAUGCAAAGGAAGACAGUGCUCGUGAGACUUUGCAUCUUGUUGAAAAACUUCGCAUGGAGUUGUCGAAGAAAUCACAUUCUAGUCAAUUAGAUCUUGAGCCUAGUAUAGCAACUGCUAUUUCUGUUGAUGUUGAAAUAAAGGGAUCUCGUGUUAUCGAAACGAAACUCAAGAAUGAAGUACAUCAUCAAGUACCACGAUUAGAAAAACGUGAAAUUAAAGUUUUGAGCAAUGAACUAACAAACUCUGAGCUAAAAACUGGUAUCAACACUAUGGUUCCACAUUUAAUCGAUGAAAUUGUGCAAACUGAAACACAACAAAUUGAAGAUAAGAAAAAACCGUGUUAUGAAAAUAAUUGUGAGUCUACUUACAUGUCUUACGAUAAUGAGGAUAUAGAGAAUGGAAAAGUUACAAUGGCUGAACGUGCCAAACUUGAUAGAGCGGAAGCGGAUGAGCGUUGGGUUCCACCAAGUAUUGACAGUUUUAAUACCGCUGAGCAGCUAAGUGCUCUUAUCGAUAGUCAAGCACAUCGUUAUGGGUUAACCAGCCAACAAUUUCCAAAUGACUUGAAUGCAUCAGACCUUGCCACAGAAAACGCCAAUAUCAGUGGUUCUAAUUUAGUUCACUCGCAACUACAUAUGGAUAUGCAGGAACAACAGUACAUGCUACGCACAUCUAUUGAAUCACACGGAGAGCAAACUCAUGCAGUUCAAGGCAUAGCUUCGCUUGUUGAGCAACAAGUUAGCUCAUUACCGAGUCACGUAGUUAAUGAUGUAACGCCCAUAGAAAUGGUAAAUAGACAUCUUAUUAGUCUGCCAAGUGCCGAUGAGGAUCAAACAAGCGAGAUGGAUAGAACUCUUGACAAAGAUGAAAUUAGCUCCGAAAUUACGCGGCAAGAUUAUGUACCAGAUGUUUCACCCUAUAAUGAUCUGACUGUUGUUCGACAGGACACACGUUGGGCUGAAAGUCAAGUACUUCCAUCUCGAAGAUCGACUUCUUCCUCUAUCACUUCAGCUUCUUCGGUUGAUGAUCACUCAGGUAUUCCACCUUACAAAAGCAAUGGUUCCAAUAUAUCAAACGUGAAUUUUUCCACUUGCUCAGUUGAAGCUACAGUAGCCUCUUAUCACUCCUAUGAGCCAACAAAUAGCUAUGUAGGACCAGUUUCACUCUUUNAACCAAAUAGCACUCAAUUAUCCUAUCCAUCGCCAGGUACAGCUAUGUUCCCACCGGCUUUCGGUGCACCCUUUCCAACCCCUCAAUCAUUACUACCUCACGUAUCAAAACCACUCGAGGAACAAAUUGGUUUACAAGCUUCGCCUUGUACAGCAGCUUUUACUUCAUCAUCACAUAAUAUGGCCUUUACAGCAGCGAUGGUGUCACCAAGUAAGUUACCAUCAUCUCCUCCAACUCAAUCAGUUCUGGAUGAAAAUGAAUCUGAACACGAUCGCACCGCUGAUCUCUAUGAAGAACACCAACAAGAGCAACAUCAGGAACAACUUCCACAGAAAAAUCAAGAGCAGAUAUUGAUAGAAGAAAGUUCAGCAGCUGCGGUUGCAACAGCAUUUCUCAAUAGUGUUGUAGAAAGUGAUAUAUCUGAAUGCAAUGUCGAAGAUCAACUGAGUGAGCAGAUCCAAGCAAGUGAUAAAAAUACGCUAACACAUACGGGAAAGAAGUCUCCUGCUAAGCCUACACGAACUUCGGCUCGUGUAACUUCGUUGCAAGGUAAAUCACCGGGUAAAUCACCACGACAGCAUGAACCCACGAAACUUAAUUCAAGUAGUCGUAGUCGUGGUCGUAGUAUCAAAUCUAAUCAACAUUCUGGACAACGUGGUCGCGGUCGUGGUCGAGGUCGAGGUAGGGGUAAGGCAUCACAACAUAACACUUUACACGGUGAAGAUUCAAUUCACAACAAACUUGUAGGAAGUGUAUAUGAUUUUGAUUCGGAUGAAGACUCACCUAGUGAGACAAAUAUUGCCGAUUUACGUACAAUGCGUGAACGUAAAAAAUCUGUUGAACUUUCAGUCGUUUUGGGCAAUGAUCGACGUGAUGGAAUUGGAUCAUUAAAUACUGACACAUUAAGUGGCCAACACUCAAGUUCUGAAGAGCAGCAAAAUCAACGCAUAUUCGUCGGUACAUCCUUGGCAUUUGGCGGAGAUUCUAUAACAGGUGCUGAAUCUGAAUCUGGAGGGGGAUGUAGUUUUAGCGACCCUGUGUUACCAUUAUUACCUGGCCCCGUAGAUAUGCGUACAUAUAAUUUGAGUUUCGAAGCACAAGAUUCUACAUUACACGGUCGAUCUUAUUCUAAUCAUCUGUUAGACUCCCUGGCGAGUGUUUCGACUGAACAGGCCAUCCCUGAUAUCGAAGAAGAUUUAGAUAAAGAAUUGCAAUCUGCAUUUGUAGCUGAGCAACAAUUACAGCAACCUGAUCAUACAACCAGAGGUGUGCCCCUUGAAAUUACUUCAGCUGCACUUGUUGAUUCUAGUCGGGUGGCACUUGCGGAUUCCCGAAACCAACUUAAGGUAAAGAUCAAAGGACCCUUUCUCGAUGCUAACUAUACAACUGGAUCAACAGUACCAUUGCCUCUUGUUCAGCAAGUCAAACCAAUUGUUCCUCCACAGUCAAACAGUGUUGCAGUUGUGAGUUCUGGAACUUCGAAUCUUCGUCGAAUGCGUAAAAAAGAGCUGCUACGUCAAUACUGUUCACAAGAUAUGAAUAUGGAUGAUCCUGUAACAGGUAGCAUUGCUUCUGUACCAAUUAUUAUGCCACCUAUCAAUCGUACUGUUAUUACCAUACCAAAAGCUGUAGCAAGCAUGACAAGUAUACCAACCCGUGAAGACUAUAAAGCUGUGGUUGACGCAAAUAUGGAAAAGAAACGACGCAAAGAACGUGCAAGUAUUGGCAGUUUUAGUGGCCUUCUUGAUGAGAUACCUAUUAUAGAAGAGGAUCAGCAGCUCGGUGUUUUAGAACGUCGGCGUUCAUCUUGUGGUCCAGCAGCUGGGACUGAGCGUCGUCGUGGUCGGCAGCCAAGGCCAUUCACGCAAACUAAUAUAUCAAGUGGUACUGGACCACCCAAGCUCAAGAUCAAAAUUGGUGGAAAUAUGCCAGGACAGGAAACAUCAGCAAGUUUGCAGCAGGAAGAUCGCAGUAGUAAUAGGCCACCUAAGAAGCGUCUAUGCAGUAUACCAAACAUGCCAAGCAUGGAAGAACUUAAACGCGAAAGUAUGAAAUAUCGACGCAUGAUUAUGGCAGAUUUCGUGAACAGUGGUGAGAAAACAGGAAAACUACGCAGAGAAAAAAGGGAUAAAAAUGGAAAGCGCAAGAAGAAACAGAGCAACAAAAAAGGUCAUGUGCAGAUACUAGAAGAUGGCGCAGCGCCUCCGAAACUGAUUAUAAGGUUAGGAAAAAGCAAUCAAUCAAGCGGUGACGAAGUCGCCAUUGAAAGCAUAAAUGCUUCGAUUUCUGCACCAUUGGUUACAAUAUUAUCAACAACGAUAACUGCCACUACUACGUCAAUGACACGUACUGUAGUUUCUACAAACAAUUAUGCCCAGCCAAGACUAGUUUUCUCACCAUUGGCCGUGCCUGAGGAUAAUAUGAUUGACAACUCUGAACGUAUUGGAGAUAUAUAUAAAAAAGAAAAGCAACUUGAACACUCAUCGGUGAGUGCAUUAAGAAAUAUACGGUGCGCCAAAAUGUCACCGAUUAGAUUGAAAUUAACACGCUGUCAAGAGGGAUAUGAGCUAAAAGCACCGGGAUCAUUAGGAGUGCAGCAAACAUCGCAACUUGGAGAUUCAAGAAAUGAACAGGCUUAUGAAAGUAAAUCUAAAAAUGUGGAGGAGAAAACAUCGUCUUCCAGAGGGGACGAAAAACUUCCGUUGUUGGAGCAGUCAGCAACGGCGCAACAUAAUUCGUCUGGUUGUCCCCCAGCACCGCUCCCGCAAGGUUGCCAAGUUAGGUGAUAAUUAAUCAUGACUGUAUAAUAAAAGAAAUAGUACCCUAAGAAAUCUAUUUC